AUGCGACGCCCAAUUCUGACGCCUAUCCCCCACCUUCAAAGGACCACCUCCUCAAUAACAAACACGCGCCAUCUUAUGAGCCUGGCUGGCUUCACGGAGAACCAACUUAUCGUCCGCGAUGCUGUCGGUCAGAUUUGCGCUGAAUUCCCCAACACGUACUGGCAAGAGCACGACCAGAAUGAACAAGAUCCGAAAGAGUUCCACGCCGCCCUUGCCAAGGCUGGUUGGUUAGGUAUCGCUCUUCCGGAAUCAUUGGGAGGCUCAGGUCUGGGCAUCUCGGAAGCUACCAUGAUGAUGCAAACCAUCACCGAGUCGGGUGCUGGUAUGGCGGGUGCCCAGUCCAUACAUGCGAACGUCUACGCGACGCAACCCCUCGCAAAGUUCGGCACCAAAGAUCAACUUGAAACGACAAUUCCAAAGAUUGUAUCCGGAGAUUAUCGUGUAUGCUUUGGUGUUACGGAGCCGAAUGCUGGGCUUGACACUCUUCGUCUCGAAACAACAGCGAAACAGAACUUGGAUGGGUCCUACAGCGUAACGGGACAAAAGAUCUGGAUCACUUGUGCCCAAGUCGCCUCCAAAAUGAUUCUUCUUGCCCGAACGACACCACUAGAUCAGGUCAAGAAGCCUAGUGAAGGUCUUUCGCUUUUCUGUAUCGAUCUCGAUCGCAAUCAACCAGGUCUUGAGAUGCGCAAGAUCAAGAAAAUGGGUGGUCGCGCAGUAGAUGCUAACGAGGUUUUCUUCGACAAUUAUCACAUCCCACCCUUCUCUCUUAUCGGUGAGCAAGGCAAGGGCUUCAGGAUGAUCCUCCACGGGAUGAACGCCGAGCGCUGCCUCCUCGCUGGCGAGGCCCUCGGUCUCGGCUACAUAGCCCUUACGAAAGCCAGCGAAUAUGCCCGCGAGCGUGUCGUUUUCAAGCGGCAAAUCGGCAUGAACCAAGCCAUUGCCCAUCCUCUCGCGGACGCAUAUAUGAAGCUCGAGGGUGCUAAACUGGCUACAUAUCAUGCUGCGAGAUUGUACGACCAAAGCAAAACGGAUGCGUCGGUCAGACAAGAUGACAUUGGCGUUGCGGCGAACAGUGCAAAGUACAUGGCUGCUGAAGCAGCAUUCACAGCUUGUGAGAGAGCGGUUCUGACGUAUGGGGGGAUGGGCUACGCGAUGGAAUAUGAUGUUGAGAGGUGGUUCAGGGAAUGUCUUGUUCCGAGAAUCGCACCUGUAUUGGAGUUACCUAGGAGUUACUGA